AUGGAUGCUGUGGAGGACCGGGACUUGAAGCUACAGCGAGCUUCUGGCGACCUGGUAACGGAGUUCUCGGAGAAGCUGCCGUCAUUGUUGUGGAGAUUCGAAAAUGGAACCCCUCUCCGCACCCCACGCAAAUGGACACCAGUCUCCAAGACGGAGAAGCUCGUAAACCUUCUUGAACCUUUCCAAGAAUAUCCUCAACUCUUGGAUCCGCAUUUGCAGAAGCUUUUGCCUCCUCUGGUGGAUGCUUUUCUGGCGUAUUUGAUCAAGCAUCGCAGUCAGUAUGGCUCUCAGGCUGCAAAUGCUUCCAAAGGUCCAGCUUUGUAUCCUCUCCCGAAAGCUAUCUGUAGGCUGCUUUACACCUUCUGUAAGAUUCGUGGAGCCAAAGUGAUCAGCAGAUUCCUUAACAACGAACCCAAAUACCUUGAUUCGAUGCUGCGAGCUUUUGUGGAAUGGGACAGCUCCUCUAUUCCGGAUCCCACAAAUGACUCCUUAGGACCAGAUACGCAGUUGCUGCAGUGGGAAGAGCGUUACAUGAUGUUAGUCUGGCUCUCGCAUCUUCUGCUCGCGCCAUUUGAUCUAUCGUCGCUAUCCUCAGAUGAUAUCCCGGUCCCUUAUGACAAUCUCCAACAGCUUGGAAUUGUUCCUGAAAACACGCCGAUGAUCGCGAAGUCGCUGUUGUCUUUGGCCCUUCAUUACAUUAAUGUUCCUGGCAAGGAGCGGGAGGCAGCAACAGCUCUCUUGGCACGACUGACCCUGCGUGGUGACAUGCAAGCCCUUGGGUUAUUGACCCGUCUUAUUGACUGGACAUUUGCUAUCAUGAAUCCCGCAGACAAUGAGGAACUACCUUCGGUCUAUUCCUGUAUCGGGGUUCUCUCGUUCAUAGCCCGUCUGGCUGGUUCUGGCCAGGUGGAGGUUUUCGCUUCUUUACUCAAAGAUGUCUUUGAGAAGACAAUUGCUCUGUCACAGGGUAACUCGAACGUGUCCGCUAUUAUUCAAACCUCUGCAAUGGCACGAAAGAUCGUGGUCAAAAUUCUUCGCAACAUUACCAUCAUGGCUCUGUCUCUGAGUGAAAAAGAAGAUAGCACCCUCACGGAUGAUCAACUGUCGACCAUCCUGGAAGAUUCGAUUGAUCAUUUCCUUGUGGCUCUUUCAGACAAAGAUACACCUGUCCGGUUUGCUUCAAGCAAGGCACUCAGUGUCAUCACUUUGAAACUAGAUCCAGAAAUGGGAACCGAAGUCAUUGAAGCAGUCAUUGGCUCCCUGGGAGAGAACAUUCUUUACGAAAAAGACGAUGGUACCUUAAUAACCCCAUUUGAGGCACGUAAUGCGGGUUUACAUUCGCUUAAACGCAACACGAGUGGUGUUGAUGCGCAGCAAUGGCAGGGUUUGAUGCUCACAUUAUCCCAUCUGUUGUUUCGUCGUGCACCUCCAUUACAUCAGCUCUCUGAAAUCCUCCAAUCGCUCAUUUCAUGUCUAGAUUUCGAACAACGGUCAUCCACCGGCAGCUCUAUGGGAACUGGUGUUCGUGAUGCCGCUUGCUUUGGUGUUUGGGCCUUAUCUCGAAAGUACACUACUUCCGAACUACAAGCUAUACCAGCGCAAACUAUUCCCUCGAUUUCUGGAAAUGCCGAAGUAGAUGUUCUACAGAAACUAGCCGUGGAGUUGAUUUGCUCUGCUUGUGUAGAUCCGUCUGGGAAUAUUCGACGAGGUGCCUCUGCUGCUCUGCAGGAAUUGAUCGGUCGUCACCCCAAUAUGAUUACUGAGGGAAUUCCACUUGUGCAGGUCGUGGACUACCAUUCCGUUGCGCGGCGUUCCCGGGCCAUGAUUGAUGUGGCCAAAUCUACCGCUUCUCUGGAUGUGGUGUACUGGGGUCCGCUCCUGGAGGCUUUAAUGAACUGGCGAGGUAUCGGCUCUCCGGAUGCCGAAUCACGUCGACAAGCAGCACGGUCAAUUGGAUUAUUGAGCAGACAGGAAAAUUUCAAAACCAUGAACACUGUUCUGCAGCGGCUCUUGGGCAAGCUUUCACGUAUUCCUCGGGGUGAUGUGGAGUCCCGACAUGGAUGUCUAUUAUCGAUCGCCACUACGAUUGACGCGUAUAUCUGUGAGUGGGAUGCAUCUCCAGAGGCAAGAGAUACGCAGGAAGGAAAAGAAGUUUCUUCACAGGUUGCUAGGCUGUGGGAAAUCUUUGAGUCCCUGUACAGCCCGACUGAUAACGACCUGACCCUUCAGAGUUUCCGUCCUGAGUUGACAGCAGAGGCAUCUUCUUGUUUGAUCUCAAAACUCUGUCAAGCAAGCAUCUCGGUUGGGAUCGGUCGACCAUCAGAUGCACUGCUCGACCGUGUUCUCCACAUUUUGUCUUUGUGCGUUUCUCGGGGUGAAGAUAUUUCUAUUCAAACAUCGUCAGAUGCACUUUCUCUGCUAUUUCCGCUUUUAUCACCAAAGAAACAGGACACUACCGUGCAGGCAUGGUUUUCCCAUCUUCGCGCCUCGUCGAAGCUGUCCGGUGGCCGUGGCCAAAUUUUAGCCCUUGGUGCCGUGUUCAAACAGCUUGAGGGUCAAGAUAAUCUGCAGCAGAGCAUAAUCACAGAACUGCUGAAAUGUGCUGGAAAAGAGGAGGUCAUCGAAAAGCGAGUGCUUGCUGUUAGAUGCUUCGCUACUGGAAUUGUGCCACAUACGAUCAGACUUUCACCCUUCACUCAGACAAUUGCCCACAGUCUGCUUGGUUUCCUCGAUGACUACACCACCGACAGGAGAGGAGAUAUCGGAUCAUUGAUUCGGAUAGAGGCAAUUGAAGUAGCAAGGAUACUCCAACCCAAACUCUCACAAAACUUACCUAUUGUUUUUGAGCUCGCCGGGCGCCUUUGUCGUCUUGCAUGCGAGAAACUCGACAAAGUCAGAGUACAAGCAUCGCUUUGUCUACAGGACUGUUUCUGGGGAAUGGUGGAAUUUAAUCCUUUCCACAAGAGAUUCGAGCAUGUUAGCGAUGUAUCCUCUGAGGAAUAUUUCUUUCAACUACUUUCUUCUUGGAGUCAAGAGUGGCUGCGUCUUCCAAUGCUACAAGGUCUAGCCACUUCUGCAGUUGCUGGCGCUGAGGGUCUUAUCCGCGCAUCACGCGCCGCUUUGAUUCAGUUUCUCAAUAACCACAACUCCCACUCGGAUUCCAAUAUCUUGAUUGAGUUUCUGCAAGUUUUAUCAAAUGCCCUAAGUGAUAAUCUUCAGGAUGACCGUUAUGCUAUUCCAAUCAUUGAGCUUAUUGCGUUCUUAUUGGACAGCUAUCAUGGUUACACUGUUGCCGGUCCAGAUCGGUCAAACCCCAUUUUCCGAAAGGUCUUUGUCCUCACCCAGAAGGCCCAUUUCCGGUCAGCAAAUAUUGCUCGCUUGGAGGGCGGGGUCAAGGUCUAUGCCGCACUGUCAGGACUUGAUUCUUUGCGAGAAGACGUGUUGAAGAAGCUGACAGUGAUGCUGUUGCAUCCAUUCCCAAGAGUUCGUUCAAGUGCAGCAGAAUAUCUCUACAUAAUGACCGACUCUGAGGAUAUCAAGUACGAGGACUGGUCUGCACCCCCGAAGGAGCUGAAGGAGAAGGUAGACAGCUUAAGGGCCGCUCUAGUGGCAUAA